UCAAUCGAUCAGAGAAAGCAAGAUGGCGGUGUAGCUUGCGGGACGGAGAUCGAUCACCGAAAGCUCGAUCGAGUUCGUUCUUUCGUCUGUCUGAAACUACACAACUCAUCGUAUUUCAGCGGUGUGAAAUCGGAGCAAGGAGACGAUAACUAAUCCUGUGUUUGCCAGCCGGUCYGACCCUCAUCCCUUCAGGACGAUGGAGUUCCCGUGGCACAGCGGAGAGGUUCUGGAGCAGCUGAAUCGGCAGCGGAAGCAGGGCCUGCUGUGUGACUGCACGUUCGUAGUUGACGGCGUUGACUUCAAGGCCCACAAAUCGGUGCURGCGGCGUGCAGUAUGUACUUCCGCACGCUUUUUCUGGAUCAGAAGGAUGUGGUGCAUUUGGACAUCAGUAACGCGGCAGGUUUAGGCCAAGUCCUGAAUUUUAUGUACACUUCCAAACUGAGUUUAACUCCACAAAAUCUCGACGACGUGCUGUCUGUUGCUCACUUCUUGCAGAUGCAAGAAGUCAUAAACGCAUGCUCUGCAUAUCAGUCUGUAUCACGUCCAGCUCCACCUAUUAUAACAUUGGAUGAUCCUAUUGAUGAAUCAGAUGAAAAACUGAUUGGAAAAGAGCAGAAGGACAUUGGAAACCACCUGUUAGAAGCUGCAGCACCAUCGGACCAGUGUUGUUCGAUUGCUUCCUUAGAGGAUCAUAAAGCCACAGAAAGUCAGGAUGAUUUAAACAAAGACAUGUCAGCUGACACACAACAAACAGUUUGUCAGGCCGCCACCACACAAAUACACAGGGGUCGUGGUCGACCCUCUAAAACCGCCCAGCUUUCUGCUCUUAAGAACAUAUCUGUGAAACAUGAGGAUGAAAGUUCUACACCAGAUGCUUCUGAAUUUCAGGAUGACCCCUYGGAUUCUGACUACACAACUAAAUCACAUCUGAAGUCUUCAGGCAACUCGUCCUACAUGAGCUCCCGGGGGAGAAGAACCCGCAAGCCUCCUCGGCGUAACUUUCCACCUGAAGACGACUCUGAAGAUGAAGGCCUAUCAAAAGUGAAACAAGAGAAGAACGUAGCAGAGCCCGAGGAGGAACAGGAACCAGAACCAGAACCAGAAUAUGAGUACGAGGAUGUUGAUAUUGAUGAUGAAGAUGUGGUUGAAGAGGAAAAUAAAGAAGCCAGCCAGGAAAUGGAAGAAGUGGAGGAGAGAGAUGGAAAGCCAAAUCAGUCGGCCUCCAUGAGCAGCAGAUCUGAAUCAAAGUCUUACAGCUCUGUGAUACACAAAUGCAAGGACUGUGGGAAGAAAUUCACCCACACAGGUAAUUUUAAGAGGCACAUACGUAUUCACACGGGAGAAAAGCCUUUCAGCUGCAGGGACUGCAGCAAGGCUUUCUCUGACCCUGCAGCUUGUAAAGCCCAUGAGAAAACACACAGUCCUCUGAAACCGUACUGCUGCUCCACCUGUGGAAAGAGCUACCGCCAGAUCAGUCUGCUCAAUCUGCACCGCAAGCGGCACACGGGGGAGGCGCGGUACAUCUGCGAGGUGUGCAGCAAGCUCUUCACAACGUCGGGCAACCUGAAACGCCACCAGCUGGUGCACAGCGGCGAGAAGCCGUACCAGUGCGACUACUGCGACAAAGCUUUCUCCGACCCCACUGCCAAGAUGCGCCACCUGGAGACGCACGACACUGAGAAGGGCAACAAGUGCCCGCACUGCGACAAGUGCUUCAACCAGGUGGGGAAUCUGAAGGCACAUUUAAAAAUCCAUAUUACAGAUGGACCUCUGAAGUGCAAAGAAUGUGGCAAACAGUUUACAACUUCAGGAAACCUGAAAAGACACCUGCGAGUUCACAGUGGGGAGAAACCGUACGUGUGUGCGCACUGUCAGAGAGCUUUUAGUGACCCUGGAGCUCUGCAGCGCCAUGAACGCAUUCACACAGGAGAGAAACCCUGUGUCUGUUCUGUCUGUGGCAAGGCUUUCACCCAGGCCAGCUCCCUCAUCGCUCACGUUCGUCAGCACACCGGAGAGAAACCCUACGUCUGUGAACGCUGUGGUAAAAGGUUUGUGCAGUCGAGUCAACUGGCCAAUCACAUUCGCCAUCACGACAACGUGCGGCCACACAAGUGUCGGAUGUGCAACAAAGCGUUUGUCAACGUGGGAGACCUGUCCAAACAUAUUAUCAUUCACACAGGGGAGAAACCUUUCCUGUGCGAUAAAUGCGGCCGAGGCUUCAAUCGCGUCGACAACCUGCGCUCCCACGUCAAGACCGUUCACCGCGGCAAAGCCGGCAUGAAGCGGCUCGUGGUAGACAGGACCAUGGAGGACGAGGACGAAGAGUGCGUAGGAGCAUCCACCCCUGACGAGAUCAAAAUAGUCACCGUCUCCACGGAGGACAUCGUCACCCUGGCCACUGAGGCCCUUGCAGCCAGCGCUGUGACUCAGCUUACAGUUGUUCCAGUGUCUGCUUCAGUGUCUGCAGAUGAGACCGAGGCUUUGAAAGCAGAAAUCACCAGAGCAGUAGAGAAGGUUCAAGAAGAAGACCCAAACACCCAGAUUUUGUACGCCUGUGACUCGUGUGGCGAUAAAUUCCUGGACGCCAGCUCCCUCGCUCAGCACGUGCGCAUCCACACAGCUCAGGCCUUGGUCAUGUUUCAGGCAGAUUCGGACUUCUACCAGUACACCGCCACCGCUGAGGGGGACGCUGCCGCAUCGUGGCAGCCCACAUCCGAACAAGUUCUCCACGAAGGACAAGUCAUCAUCGGCGCUGAGGAAGAAGAGAGGAGACCAGAGGACGAGAUCAUCGGAGAGACCCAAGARCCACAAGGGACCGAAGAAAUAAUUCAUGUAGUGGAGGAGAUGGCUGAAGGGAAUCAUUCUGAGCACCAAACAGAGGGUGAAGAAGUAGAGGGAGAAAAGAAAGAAGAUAUGGAAUGUGAGAGUCAGGGGUAGUGUGUCAGAUUUAAGCAGCACACAUGAAAUGUCAUUUUAAUUUAUGCAAAAAAAAUUAUAUAUAUUAGGUGUCUUAACUAGGYAUUGAUUUAGUUGUACCAUGGUGUUUAAAACAGUACAAACUGGAAAAGUAACAUACACCUUUUCUAAGAAAUAAUCUCAGUUAUCAUGUAUUUGCUUUACUAUAAAUAGAACAGCAAUAUUCAGUUAUUUUUGUAAAA